GCAGUGUGAGUGUGAGACCUGAACGUAUGAGACGACAGGAAAUCCACAAGCCUUUCACAUUUCCUCUUAGUCUGCAUGAAGCGUCACAUUUCUGAUUGAACUGUGUGUGUCUUCACGCACAGUUAGGCUUGAGAACACUGUGUAGUACGGCUUAGCAGACAACCUGGAGAGCUAGCUGACCCUGUGUAGGUCAGUGAAGUUCAGGAUGGCUCUUUGGCUCAAGCUGUGUGGCUGUUCCCUCUGUUGAUGUGCCUCGCAGGACUCCUGCUGAGUGAUAUCUGCAAAGGUGAACAUCUGGUACAUAUCCAGGAAGGUCCACUGUUCCGUGUGAAAGGAUAUCCAAUAUCCAUCUCCUGUAACGUCAGUGGCUAUAAAGGUUCCAAUGACCAGUGCUUCUCAUUUUCCAUCUUUAAACCAGAUAAACCAGAUAUGGAAAUCAGGAUAAUUAGCACAUGUGAGAAAGACUACGCUUAUGCAGUGUACUCUAAAAGAGUGAGGGAAAGAAGCAUUACGAUUGAGAGGCGCUCAAAAACCUCAGUUAUCUUCCAUAUUCUAUCCUUGGAAGCAGAAGAUGCUGGAAUAUAUGAAUGUUAUACCCCUAAUUCAUAUGCCACUUUUGAAGGAACCUACAAUGCACAAAUCACAAUGAAAGUGAUUGAGGAUACUCUGAAGGUCUCCUACGCUGGCCCAAGGUCUCACAGCAUCUCUGAAGGUGACGCUCUUCAGCUUGAAAGCGAAGUCUCCAGCCAGACCCUGCAGCACACUCAUUUGUCUGUCACAUGGUAUCUCAGCGGUAGCACUGAGACCUUCCCAAUCAUCACUCUGGACCGAGAUCUGACUGUUAGGCCAGGAGCAGCAUUUGAGGAUCAGUAUCGCUCUGGACUCAUCAGUAUAGAGAAAGUAGAGGACACCACCUAUAAACUGAAGAUGAGCCAGGUGGAGAAGUCAGCCAGUGGAGAGAUCUACUGCCAAGCGGAGGAAUGGAUCCAGGACCCCGACCGCUCUUGGACACGGAUUGCCCACAGGAAUACCACGGGCACCACUGUGGAGAUCAAAACUCUUGAUGUUGCUGAAAAGGGUUCCUUCCUCACUGACAUCAGUGUUGGCAGUGGGAGCUUACAGGAGGGAGAUAAGGUGGUGAUCCGCUGCAGUGUACAAGCAGACAAUCUUCCAGGACGUUUCUUCUCCAUCUCCUGGCUAAAAAACAAUGUGGAAGUAGCCAACAUUGGACCCUCUGGUGUACUGACAGUAACUAAUGACUAUAAAGCUAGAGAGAAUGAUGGUGAGCUGAGAGCAGUGAAGAUCUCUGAGAAGUCCUACGAUCUCACCAUACAACCAGUCAAGACUGUAGACCAAGGUCAGUACAAGUGCAGAGCUACUGAAGAGGAGAGGACAGAGACAGGAGCCUUUAACAGAGGGCAAAGCCAGCAGUCCCGGGAACAGACUGUGAGCAUUACAGCCAAAGAGAGUGGUCUGGCUGUGGUUAUGGCAAACCGGCAAGUUCAAGUGACUGAAGGACAAACACUGAAGCUCACCUGCUCUGUGUCUGGAGCCAGUGGACCGCUGUCUGUCUCCUGGCAGCACAAGAAAACUUCCAGCAGCUCUCUUAGGGAUGUCGUCAGACUGACUCGUGAGGGUGUGAUGGCAGAUACGGGGUCCCAGUAUCAGCAGAGGAUUGUUCGUGCAUUUCGCUUGACUGCUGCUGACUUCACUUUGGAGAUCAGUGAUGCUGUGGUGUCUGACAGUGGUGAAUAUACGUGCACUGUGUUUGAGUGGAACAGGGACAGCAGCGGCUCCAUGAAGGAAGUGAAAAGACAGUCUCAGCAAGGCACUGUUUCUGUUAGCUCUAUUGAUUCUCUUCUGUCAGUGUCUUUGCGAAGCCGUAAAUCAAAUGUUUUUGAGAAUACUUUAAUGCCUUUAAACCUGCAUUGCAAAGUCAAAGGACCUAACGUUCCCUUCGAUGUACACUGGAAAUUUCAAAAAGCUGGUUCAACUGAUCAGAAGGACGUCGUCUGCAUGCUCCGCACUGGGGAAAUAUCCUGUGGAGCGGAGCAGAAGGAUUAUCAGUUGGAAGCUAAAGUGCAAGAAUCAGGCACAGACUUUAUUCUCAAGGUGUUGAGACCAAGUAAAAGACACAGUGGGCUUUAUCACUGCCAGAUCACUGCUUAUCUGGGAAAGGUUCAGAAAGCCCAGAAGCUCUCCAAUGCACUGGCAGCCCAAGUAAACAGUCCUGCCGGAAAACUGUCGCUCAAAAGGCCUGAGUCUCGAUUGGAAUUCCCGGUUAAGAGCAAUGCAAGGGUUGAUUGCUUGAUUAUUCAAGAGUUCUCUAAUGCCUCCCGUUUUGCUGUAACAUGGAUGUUUAAUAGUCAGAAUUUAGUCAGAAUGGAGCCAGAAGGAGUGAUCACUCUGGGUUCUUCAGACAACCAAGAGAUGGACCAAAGGAUCAACAUGCAAAUGGUUUCGAGGCAAAAUUUCCAACUGGUCAUUCAACAGGUCAGGUCAACUGACAGUGGAACAUACAAUUGUUCGGUAGAGGAAUGGAUUCAAGAUCCGGAUGGAGUGUGGUAUCCACUUAGCAGAGACUCCGCCAGCUUGGAACUUGUUGUGAAUGACAAAGCUAAAGAUUUCAGCCUGGAUACGUCUGAUCAUCAGAUGACGAUCACAGAGGGGAAGCAGGUGGAUUUGAACUGCUCAAUGACACAUGAUGCACUGGAUCCCACAUUGCAGUAUUCUCUCACCUGGUUUUUCGAAAGCCAAGAUCAGAAAUCUACUGUACAACUUCUGAAAUACAAUUAUGAUGGCCGUCUGCAGUUCCCAGGUCCGAACCGUGAACUUCAACGUAGGCUUCAUUUCUCACGACCCACCACUAGUGCUUUUCAUCUGUCCAUCCUGAAUUCUAUCGUGUCUGAUAGUGGGCGCUAUUACUGUCAGAUCGACCAGUAUCAACUUGACUGUGAGGGCAAAUGGGAUUUGAAGGCAUCGGCUAAGUCUGGUUUUACCAAUGUCAGAGUAAACUAUAUAGAGAAUAAACUUCAAGUGAAGAAAGCAAGCCGCAGUCUUAACGUUACAGAUCUUCACUCUGGCUUCACACUUGAAUGUGAAAUUAGUUCUCGCACGAGUGAUAGGUCUCAUUUUGAAGUGACCUGGACCAGGAGUCAGCAAAAGAAAGAACCCGAGGUCUUCUUCACUGUCAAAAAGGACGGAACUUUUUCCAAGGAAAACAGUAUAAGAUAUCUGAUUUAUGACCGUCCACAUACCACCCUAUAUAGGCUCACUGUUCCUGAUGUUGAUCCCUUUGACGAUGGUCAGUAUCAGUGUGAAGUUGUGGAAUGGCUGCAGACUAACGAAUGGAGGAAGAUAGGUGAAGACAGAUCUGGUAUAGUGUCUGUCCAUGUGGAAUCAGAGGAAAAGCAAAGUGCAGACACUCUUGCUUUGGAGAAUCCUAAUACUCAUCUCAACCCUAUAGAGGGACAGCAGUUUGACCUCUACUGCACUAUUCAUGUUAAUAAAGUGGACCCCACCAUGGGCUACACUCUUACCUGGAUGGUUGCGAAGUCAAACUCCAAUAAAUGGGAUGUUUUCUUGACACAUUCCUAUGAUGGGCAUCUGCAGUACCAUUUUACGGACCAACAACUUAAGAGCAGACUACAGAUUUCCAAAUCUCCUGAGAAAACCUUUCAUCUAACUGUGUUCAACUCAUCUCCAGAUGACAGUGGAAGAUACCAGUGCAGGGUAGAACAGUUCCAGCUUUUAGAGGGCAAGUGGGAAAGGAAAGGAACUGCAGAAUCAAAUUCAACGAUGGUUACUGUUAACAAUAUUGAGAGUAAACUACAAGUCAAGAAAGUCCAAGAAAGUCUCAAUAUUACUGAUCUUCAUGCUGGCUUCACAGUGAAGUGUGAAAUCCAGUUCUUCUCCAGUAAUAAGUCUGUAUUUGAAGUGACCUGGUCCAGGAUUGAAGAAAAUAAACCUCCUCUGAUCAGCGUGAGUCGGGAUGGUAUAGUACACAGCAAAAUCCCUGAGAGAGGUCUGGUGUAUCAGCGUCCGAGUGCCACACUGUUCACACUGACUGUUCCAGAUGUUAAUCCCUCUGACAGUGGCCGGUACCAGUGUCAGGUUGUGGAAUGGCUGCAAACAUCUACUAAUAACUGGAGGAAGAUAGCUGAAGAUGAAUCUGGAGAACUUUCUGUCCAUGUCUAUGACCAAGGUGAUUCUGAUAAAUCCAAGCAGGACUGCUCCUCAGGAGCGAUCCUCGGCAGUCUUAUCCCUCUGAUCAUCUGUCUGCUUGUGAUCAUUGUACUGCUAUCCAUCGUAAUUCAGAAGGCAAAGUCUGCUUCCAAAAAACAGAAGGACUGUUUGUGGGCUGAGAACAAUCCACUCAAGCCUGUUGCAGAAUCAACCGCGGGUGAAGGAGACAAUGCCUAGCUUAAGUCAUGUUUUGACCAGGUUUUAGCAGCUAUAUUCUAUAGUCUGUAAUUACAGUGUUGGCUAAUAGAACAAAAAGAGAAUAGUACAUCUAAGAGUACAUGAUGAGGAGGCAAAAUUAUGGUUCAAAAAUGUACAGUUUACCUGAAUUCAAUCCAUAGAAUCCCAUUAGUUUUUAAAAUCUUUGAUUCCACGAUUUUCGAAAAAAAAAAAUGCAGCUUAUUUCUUUUAUCAUUUGCACAUUUUUGUUUUACUAUACCGUGCAGCUAUAUUUUAUGCUCUAUAUUUUAAUCUCUCUAGACAGUUCAAAAACAUUUCAGUAACAUGAUGAUACCACAAAAAUGCUAUCUAGCCUGUCAGUCAUACAGCAGUAUCUAAAAGCCAAGUGUAACUUUACUAAUUUACAUAGUUGAAGAACUUCCUGCACUGUGCACAAUGUGACAUCAUUUUCUGUGUGAUUUUAAAUUCCUAUUCACAACCACUGAAGCUGUAAAGACAUAGUAAGUAUAGAAUACAAUAUUUUACCAUACUUACCAUAUUUUUCAGACUAUAAGGUGCACUUAAAAUCUUAAAGUUUUCCCCAAAAAGUCCCCGUGAGUGUGCCUUAUAAUCCAGAGCGCCUUAUUUCACCAGUCAAGUUGUAAAAAGCACCGAGACUGGAGAAGUAUUAGCAUUAGCUAGCUCUUUCGCCAUUCAGAGGUGAGUAUUAUUAGCCUGUAACCUGCUGUUAACCCCGGCUACUGCCGGAGCAGCAUUAGCAUUAGCCGCUAACCGUACUGCUAGCUUUUUUGCCGUUCAGAGGUGAGUAUUAUCGGACUAUAGUCUGUGUGUUUACCGUGCUAAAACAAGCUACGUGGAACAAACCGCUAGCUAAUAUCGCCCUGGCUCACCGGAACACUCUGGUUUCCUUAGUGCAGCUCUGUCAAGCAGCAUAGCGCUAGCAGUUAGAUGCUAAUGAUACUAUUGCUGCACCCAGCUAUAAGGGAAAUCUGGAAAUCUAAGGUUACUGUAAAUAAACGGAAGCGCUUUACUCACCCAAAUAAACAGUUUCAGGAGAGAAAUUUGUGUAGAUUAACAUCCAGUGCUCGGCUGACUUUAUAAGCAAAAGUUUUUUUUUAAGAAUUGCAGUUUUGUUUACUUAACUUAGAUUAUCUUUACAGGUUAGCAGUGAGACCUGCUGAAUUAGAAGGAAAACAUGGUGACACCCCUGUUCCUUAAUAGUGUCGCAAAAUGUGCCUUAUAAUCCAGCGGCCUUUUGUAUGAAAAUAGACACAAAAAAAAGACAUUUAUUGAUAGUGGGCCUUAUAAUCCUGUGUGCCUUAUAUUGCGAAAAAUAGGGUAAACAGUAAUGUAAUCCUGAAACAGUUAUGUACUGGUAAUGUUGAUUUUUAUGGUAAAAUUGUAAUAAUUAGAAUAACUAUCUAAAUAUAUCAAUGUUUAUUUAUAAAUGUGAACUUUUUGCACAAGCUGUUUUAGAUAUUGCCAAAAACUAAUAAACUGUGUUGUUUUUUUAAUUGAAUGUAUAUAUUUUUUGUUAUUGUUGCUACAGAUCUGAAAAAGCUUUAUUGUUUAUUCUGUUCAUGUUAAAUGAAUAUAUUGUAAAAAAAAAAAUAAUAAUAUUAAAGCAACUUAUUUAAUUCAUGUGGAAAGAGGAAGUCUGUGAAAUGUGGUGAUAUGUGCAGUGCUGAGACAUAGUGUGGUUUUUGCUGUCACAAGUAGGCCAGUCUUGACACGAAAAGGGAAAAAAUAAGCUCGCCUGUGGUCAGAAUGAGUUGCCGUUGUUUCAUCACGAAUUACGUGCACUAUGUGUGAGGAAUUCUAAAAUAAAGCUUGACUGAAAAAC